AUGCCUCCUAACAACCAGCCUUCGUAUAAUAUCAACGAAUCACCAUCAGUUCGGUCAAGACUGUCGGACGAUGACGCUCGGUCUGCAUCAAAAUCUAUUGCACACAGUUUCACUGUGAAGAGUGCCUGUUCCUCGACGCAGUACUCGUAUUCAGAUGAUACCACUGCCUAUACGCUCGCUGCUUCCAUUCGGACUGGCAAAAUUAAGACUUCCGAACUUCGAAAGCCAAAAGCAAUUGAACCAAUGGCAUUCAGAUAUCAGAAAAACGGUUCUUCCUCAAAACCGGCUCUGAAUUUUGACUCAAUGGCUCUCAUUGGGAGGGAAGGAGAAGUCGCCAAACUCAAGGCGAGCUUCGAACGCCUGGUUUCAGAGCCAGAGAAUGAGGGAAGCAAGGAACUCUUUAUCAUCGGUGGGGAAUCUGGUACUGGGAAGUCCACCAUCGCACUGUCUCUUGAAGGAGAGGUAUCCAAACACAACACGGGGAUGUUUGUACAAGGAAAAUUCGAUAUGAAUGCUAGCUCUGAACCAUACUCUGGUAUCUCGAAAGCGUUUGGUGACUUGUGCCGGAAGAUCAUGGAAUCCAAAGCCGAAACGGUUUGCGCUGUUCAAGCUGGAAUCAAGAAAGCACUUGGUAGCGAGGUUGACUUGCUGGUUCAUCUUAUUCCAGAGCUCAAAGAUCUUGUCGGCGACACUUUUACUGAUUCAGAAGUCACCAACAUUGGUGCGGACGAGGUUGAAAGCAAACUCGAACGCUUGCGAUUUGCGUUUCGUGUCCUGAUGAGAGUCUUCUGUUCAGUCUUCUCCCCAUUGGUUCUCUUCCUAGACGAUCUUCAGUGGGCAGAUAUCUCAUCGUUGCAAGUAUUGGAUUUCUUGAUCUCCGAUGCUCAAAAUCAAAAUGCUCUGAUGAUCAUUGGGUGCUACAGACUUAUCGAAGUUGACGAGAACAGUCUUCUUCACAACAAGAUGAUCGCAUUACGCGAGAAGAGAGAGAUGUACAAAUUUAAUUUGACUGAAAUAAAGAUCGGGCCUUUUGGUACAGACGAGAUCGAGCAAGUUAUCGCAGCAGCCUUGCCUUCUUCUGAUAAUGAAGCUAAAUGCAAUCUUGCUGCACUGUGCUUGAAACGAACCCAUGGUAACCAAUUCUUCGUUUUGGAGUUCUUGAAGAUGCUCUACUAUGAAGGUUUGAUUCUACAAGAUGACACUACAAAGUCAUGGUCGUGGGAUCUAAACAAAAUUGAAGAUGCAACCAUGUCAACUGCUAAUGUUGUUGUCAUGCUCCACGAUCGUCUUACUAAGUUGUCGCCUCAAAUCCAAGCACUAUUGCAAUGUGCAUCAUAUCUUGGAUCAACAUUCGACGAGGCGACGAUCGAUCUUGUUUGGACAACAUAUGGUCGCAGACUGGUAGAGAGCAGAAUAGACAACACAAAGUCCCUUCUUGAAGCAAUCGUGAAGGAAGAAAUCUUGGAGAAUGGUGACACUGGUCAAUACAGAUGGGUUCACGACGUGCUCCGAGAGGCAGCACUCUCCUUGACUGGUGAGCGUCGCGAGUCGUUCCAGUUGGACAUUGGUCGAACACUAUAUUAUGGCUUAGAAAAGAAACAAGUGGAAGAGAACUUGUUUCCCAUUGUGGAUCUCAUCAACAACGGAAAUGUGCUCAAGCUAACUGAGUUUGCACCUGUCAACUUGCGAGCCGCAGAGAAGGCGCGGGACCUUUCGGCUUUCCAAUCUGCUGCCGAGUACGCAGCUCAUGGACUGAGCCUACUGAAAGAAGACAAGUGGUCAUCGAAUCGGCCCUUGACGUUGAAACUUUAUACAAUGGGAGCUGAGAUGGAGAUUAUGGUGGGGAAUGUUGAAGCUGCAAAUCGCUACAGUAGUGAGGUCUUGAGGCAAAAGGACCUUUCCAUAAUGGAAGCUCUUCCAUUGAAGAUGGCGCAAGCCAGUACAGUAGCCCAUACUGGGCUUCAAUUUGACAAGUCGCUGGAGUGCUACAUGCAGGUGCUAAAAGACCUCGGAUGUCGGGUGACGUGGACGAAAAAGUUGGUACCAGUGCAAUCGCUUGUAAAGUUGAUGAAGACCAUCAAGAAGGUGAAUUCAAAGCCACUUAGCUUCUAUGAUGAAAUGGUUGUCAUUGAGGAUCCAAAGCAAAAAGCCAUUGCAACUGCCUUCUCGAAGGUGUUGUACGUCUCCUUUGUUCUUGGAGACAUGCUAUUAUACCUCCUUUGCGCUUGCAGACUUGUGGAUAUGACGCUUGAGCACGGUGUCAACGAAUUUUCAGCAAAGAGCUUUGCAUCUCUUGCCAGUGGUAUCAUUAUCGGGAUGCAAGAUGUCGAAACGGCAACAAAGUUCAACAUGAUAGCCAUUUCAAUGAUGAAGAAGUUUCGGGGCAUACACAACAGCGAGACCACAUUUAUUUGUUACGGCCCUGGAUUGUCAUGGGUAAAGCCAUUUGAAGAGCUGAUACCACCUAUGCGAGAUGCCGUUUCAGAAGGCAUGAGAGCUGGUGAUACAGAGUUUGCUUGUUGGAAUCUUCUCGCUCAUCAAUUGUUUCUGGCAUACAAUAUUGGAAAGCCGAUUGCUGCGAUGCUGGAGGAUGCUCCCUCAGCCAUGGUCCAAUGCGAAGAUACGGCGCAGUUGCUACACGCAGGAGCUCUUCAAGUGAUGUGGCAAAUGAUGAAAAAUUUGAACGACUGUUCUUCUUCCAAGCUCGAAGGUGACAUCUACACUGCUGAGAAAGGUAGCGAAACAAAUCCAGCGCAUUUGUCAUUCGUCCACUUCGCCGAGGGCGAGCUCCUCUUGUUCAACGCCGACUACGAGGCUGCUGCAAAGCGAGCACUUGAGGUUGGCGAGUCGUAUGACAAGCUACUACCGAAUAGUGUUCUGAACACUGUUGAAAGCUUUCACCGUGCUGUUCCUGUGUAUGCCGCCGCUCGUAUCACAAAGACAAGAAAGUACAGAAGAGAAGCCAGAAGGUUGCUCAAGAAGAUUGCAAAGUGGGCCCAAGCUGGGAAUCCAAACGUCCAGUAUUAUUGUAUGUUCUUGACUGCCGAGCAGUUAGCUCUUGACGGCAAAUACGAGAUGGCCGAGCAAAAGUAUGAAGAAGCUAUUGCAGCUGCGACAGCAGCUGGUCACCUUCAUCACAUUGCUUUGAUCAACGAGCGGUAUGCUGAUUUUCUAUCAGAAAGAUCAAUGACAGCGAAGGUGGGCGAACGGCUGCAGAUAGCCAUUCAAUACUACAAGGAGUGGGGCGCAGGGGUCAAAGUCGAACAGCUGGAGUCAAGACUGCGUACAAGUUUUCUGUUUUCAAACGAUGAAUAA